UGGGCGCGGCCCUUCCGCAGAAGGGCAGCGGGGGCAGCAGCGAGGGGGUGUCCCCUGUACUGCAGGCGCUGCUGCAGCCGCUGCUGGCGCAGUGCGGGCAGGCGCGCGUGCCUGCGCGCGUGCACGUGGACUGGGGGCAGCGGCGGGACGAGGCGCUCUGUCAGGCCGUGCGGGCCACUGCAGCAGAACGGCUCUACGUGGGGAACAAGAGGUUUGUCUUCCGCCUUCUCACUCAAUCCACACACCCCUUGCUCCGCCGCCUCCCCCCUGGCUGCAUGCUAGUGCGGACUGGGAGGCAGAGCUGCAGCGGGUGGCCAUCGGGCAGCAGAGGAUCGUGUCUCUGUGGGAUAGAGCGGAGGUGGCGGGUCGUGUGCGUGCCGGGAGUGCUGCUGCCGCCUUGGGAAGCCCUGGCGGGGUGCCUGCUGCUGGUAGCGUUGGCUUUGGUGCUGGUGCUGCUGGUGCUGCUGGUGCUGCUGGUGGUGUUGGUGCUGGUCGUGGUGGUGGUGGUGGGGGUGUUGCUGCUGGUGCUGGGGUGCCAGCGCGCCUCCAGCAGAGACGGGCGAACCCCAGGGGCCGAGGCUUCUUCCCCUCUUCCUCCUCCGUCAGUGGUACUACCAGCACCAGCAGCAGCAGCAGCAAGGGGGGACAGGGGGGGCACGGGGGGUAUGGCAAGGGGACGGGGCAGGGGGAGAAGACGUAUGGUGGGGAGAGAUCGCAUGGGGAGAGAUCGCAUGGGGAGAGAUCGCAUGGGGAGAGAUCGCAUGGGGAGAGAUCGCAUGGGGAGAGAUCGCAUGGGGAGAGAUCGCAUGGGGAGAGAUCGCAUGGGGAGAGAUCGCAUGGGGAUAAGUCUCCUCUGUGGAAGGGGUUAGAGAGUGUGGCAGCUGGGUUGUCUGCUAUUCACUCUGAUAUGCAAGCUGCCAAGAGCUCAGGUGGACGUUCAGGUGGUUUCUCAGGUGGUUUCUCAGGUGGGUUUUCAGGUGGGCGGACCGGGUGGCAUUCGCACCAGGGGAGCGAGGAUUUCCAUGUGAAGGGAAACGAGUUUGAGGGAAUCGACACGAGCCUACUCAUCGUUCCUCGUAUCGCCCCAACCUCAGCCUCUGUAGGAGGUUCGGCGGCAGGCUUAGGAGCAGCUUCGGUAGGCUCGCCGUCGCCGAACGUAACCCCGCUCACAGGCCCAGUGGGGGGUAGAGGGACCGGAGGAAUGAAGGUAGCAAGGACUCAACCUGUGGUGGUGGGGAAGAAGCUGUGGGUGUCUGGCAGGAGGAGCAUGGGGAGUGAGGGUGAGAUGGGGGGUGGGGUCGAGGCAGUAGCAGCAGAGGUUGCAGCAGCAGUAGGGAACGCUGCAGCGGUGGCAGCAAGAGAAGGGUCAAGAGAUGGUGGGUCGUGUGGUGCUGCUAGCCCUGCUAACAGCAGCAGCAGCAGUAAUCCGGGAAUGGGGAGCACUGAGCAGCAAGCUUUCCCUAUCCCGCUUCCUUCCUCCUCGUUCUCGUCCUCCUCCUCCCAAGCCGGAUUCCAAACCAGCCGGGUAGACUCGGCGGACUGCCACCGCUUCCCCCCGGACCAGAUUCUCCGAGCCACGGGGGGCUUCUCGCCCUUGCAGCUGAUUGGCCAAGGCAGGCUCGGGCCGAGCUACCGGGGGGAGAUAUUUGGGUGCCAGGUGGCGAUCAAACUGCUGACUGUGCAUGAGGACACGUGUGGAAGAACAGACAAGAAUGAGAAGACUGAAAAGACUGCAGUAGAUGGUGCAGAGGGGGGAGGGGGAAAGCAGGAAGAGGAGCGAGUGGUGGAAGCAGAUGGUGCCGCUGUUGCCUCAUCGGGUGCGUUUGGCUCCUUCGGUUCAUCCGGUCUCCUUGAUCCGUCCACAGAAGGGGGAGGUCAAGUGUCCCGAGAGAGAGUACAAGCAGCAGUGCAAGCAGCAGUGGACGUGUUAAGGCGGCUCAGGCACCCGCACCUGCUGCUGCUGAUGGGCCACUGCCCCGAGUACCCCUGCCUUGUGUAUGAGUUCGCUCCUGGGGGCAGCCUCUCCUCCCGCCUCUCCCGCAUCCACUCCCUUAUUGCCGCUGCCACUGCUGCUGCUGCUGGUGAUGGUGGUGGUGGUUCUGGUGGUGCUGGUGGUGCUGCUACUGGAGCAGAGGAGGGUGUUGAGGAGGAAGAGGAGGAGCUAGAGGCAAUAUGGCUGUCCUGGGUGGACCGGCUGCGACUGGCCUCUGAGCUGGCAGGAGCGCUGCUCUUCAUGCACCAGCACUCGCCGCCCGUGCUGCACGGCGCCGUGACUCUACAGAACGUGCUUCUGGACCGAAACUCCGCGUGUAAACUCAGCGGUGCUGGCCUCUCAUUCUCCUCGUCUCCCUUCUAUGGUAGCCUGGGGAGCAGCCCUCUCUCUGCUUCUGCCUCUGCCUCGGAUUCUGACCCCAGCAGCAGCACAGCAGUGGGAGCGGAGGGUCCAGGCCAGCAUGGCCCCAGCAGCACGGGCGUACAAAGUGACGACCUGCAUGCAUACGGCAUUGUGGUGUUACAGCUGGUAACCGGCAUCACCAGCCCCUCACUUAUCCACUCCCUCAUGCACACGCACUCGACUGCAGCAGGAGGUUCAGGGGCAGGUGGUGGGGGUGGGAUGGAUGGGCACAGGGAAGACUCAGCUGGGGAAGCAGCAGGCAGGGUGGCCGGGGGAGGGGUUUCUGGGGGAGGUGUUACCUGCGGGUUCAACCUGGCUGAGGCUGUAGACGUGUUUUUGAGCCGACUGGAUGUGACAGCAGGGGAAUGGCCGGUGGAGAUUGCAUCUGUGGUGGUGCUUCUGGCUCUGCGCUGUGCUUCGGGACAGGCAGAGCUUCGGCCGGAUCUGGCGGCUGAGGUGCAGCCGGCCCUGUCGGCUUUGGCUCGGGAAGCGGAGGAGAGUUUUGGGCGGGCAGCCCGGCAGAUGCUUAGGUCUGCCCUGAGAAGAAGGGACUUCUCUUGCUUCCAAAAGAAAGCUGUGAAGCUCAUGGCGGGUGCGCGCACCAAAGUUCUUGCUCUGGGCGGCUCUUUUGCCUCCACGCUGCUGCUCCCCCCGCACGCGCGCGCACCCUCCCGCGGAGGCCCCCCGCAGCUGCGCGGGGGAGUUCCCGCCCUCCUCCCCAUCACCCUCUCCGAACCCCAGGAGCGCUCCCUGAAGCAGCUACAAACGAGGAUACAGCCGCCGUUUGAAAACGACAAGGAGGAGCAUAGAUUGGCGCUGGUAGAGCUGUGGGAGCAGGCGUAUCCGGGGCGGGUGUUGACUGAGGAGGUGGAGGUGGCGGGGUGGAAGGAGAUGGGGUGGCAGGGGAAGAAUCCGGCCUCGGAUUUCAGGGGCGGGGGAUUUUUCGCGCUGGAGAAUUUGGUGUACUAUGCUCGCACGUACCCGGUGCGUUGGGGGAGGGAGGAGGGGAAGGGAGCGGGGAAAGGGAGGGGGGGAAGGGAGCGGGGAAAGGGAGUGGGGGAAGGGAGGGGGGGAAGGGAGGGGGAGAAGGGAGGAGGGGAAGGGAGGGGUAGGAGGUCGUUUCAGCGCAUCAUGCACAAGCAGGAGGGUCGCCGGGUUGAGUGGGAGUACCCGUUUGGAGCAGCAGGGGUGAACAUCACCGUACUCCUUAUAAGCAUUCUCGACUUGCGCAAGGACAUCCCCACAACAGUAGCUGGACGGGCCUUCCUGAAGAUGCUACCAGAGCACCCAACAGCGUUUGAGGACCUCUACUGUGUGACGUUUGAGAUGCUGGACGCUAACUGGCUGGAGCUCAAGGCGUCGUACAUGGAAUUCAAUCCACACGAGCAGAGCUGGAGCGACAUAUGUGCCAGCCCAGCUUCUGUUCUCACUCUCUCCGCCCAUCCCCCCCCUUUGCUCGCCACCCCCCUCCCCCUCACUCAGGUGGUCAUGCAAGCCACACGAGCAGAGCUGGAACGCCAUAUGUGCCAGCCCAGCUUCACUACCAUCUCUGACCUUCCCGCCUUCGCCAGACUCACAGCAGAGUAG